AUGUCUCCGGUCGAUUGGUCUCCCCAGGAGCCACCGACCAGCCAUUUUGUGCAGUAUUUCCCAUUGGUAAUGGACUCUUCUUGCUACGGGAUUUAUGCUAUUCUCUUGGGUCAAGCAUUUCACAUCCUCCUCUCUCGACAACGUGCAACUUCCAAAGUGUCGUGGCACUUCCCUGCAAUAUGUGCCCUGUUUCUGUUAUCUACAUUACACAUUAUCAUCGCGUGGACAUGGGCGUUUACGACCGAUACCGCUGCAACUGCUAUAUACGAGGUGUUCUCUCUGGACAACCCCUUCCCUGCUCUCGCCGCUCCAGGAGAUCCGUCAAGAGUGCACGGUUUUGCGACAUUCAUCAAGGUCCGGUUCGCCGUUGCGAAGUAUGUGCUCCUACUUUCACAUAUUGUCUAA